GUGUGUGCUCCUUUUUCUUCCCCCGCCCCCCAUGCGUGUAGCCUCUCUAGGGUUUCCCUGUUCUUGUGUGCCACUGGAGUGGAAUCGCGGCACGCGGCGAAUCUUCCGGCAUUUCCAAGGCUGUAAGAUUACUUAACAGCGCCUAGAAUCGCGAGCUCGGGCUGGAAAUCUUGCGAAUCCGGGGCUACAUUCAUGGGGGUGGAUUUGGAAGUGGGGAGGAAUGGCGAGCGGCAGCCUCUGCUGGCCGGGAAGAGCAGCAAGAGCACUGGUAGCAGCAGCCGGGGCAAGAGACGCGAGAAGCGAGUGAGGGGAAGUGUUCUCUACACGGUGUUUUGCACCAUCGUCGUGGCUCUGGGGCCGAUCACGUUUGGUUUCUCGGUCGGCUAUUCAUCUCCCACGCAGCAAAAAUUGACCGAGGAUUUGGGGCUUAGUCUCUCCGAGUUCUCCAUGUAUGGUUCUCUGGUAAAUGCCGGUGCCAUGGCUGGAGCUAUUCUCAGUGGCCGUAUAGCUGAUCGCUUUGGACGGAAAGGGGCACUUGUAAUUGCUUCGAUUCCACACAUUGCUGGAUGGAUCUUAAACGCCCUGGCCAUGAAUGUCGCCAGCCUGUACAUAGCAAGAUUGCUCGUCGGGUUUGGAGUCGGUGUUAUUUCUUUCACUGUACCAAUGUACAUUGCUGAGAUUUCUCCCAAAAAUUUGAGAGGAAGCCUGGGUGCUAUAAAUCAGCUUUCAGUUACCACUGGAAUCUUCUUGUCGUACUUAGGAGGUCUUGUUUUGCCCUGGAGAACUCUUGCUUUAGUUGGGGUUGCUCCGUGUAGCGUUCUCCUCGUGGGCCUUUUCUUUAUUCCAGAAUCUCCUCGGUGGCUGGCCAAAAUGGGGAUUGAAGACACUCUUAUCACGUCACUGCAAGCAUUGCGUGGAAAGGACUCCGAUAUUUCUUCAGAAGUAUCGGAAAUCAAGGACGCCGUCGAUAUAUCGUAUAAGCAAGAGGCUAAUGUAAGGAUGUCUGACCUUUGCAAGAAGACGAUUUUCCUUCCCCUUACUAUCACAAUCGGGUUGCUAUUGUUGCAACAAAUUUCGGGCAUCAAUGCUAUUUUGUUCUAUUCUAGUGCCAUAUUCCACUCUGCGGGAUUCAGCUCAAGCAAUCUUGCGUCGCUCUCGUUGGCUCUCCUUCAGGUGGUAAUGACCGGCGUGGCUGCUGUGCUCAUGGACAGAGCCGGACGACGCCUCCUUCUCAUGGUCUCGGGCGCUGGAAUGGCAGUGAGCUGCUUUCUAGUCGGAUUUGCAUUCUAUCUGCAACAGCAUAUGGACGCGACUUCUCACUUUGCACCCUUUGUCGGCAACCUCGCGUUGAUCAGUCUAUUGGUGUACAUAACCUCCUUCGCUCUGGGAAUGGGGCCUAUUCCCUGGAUCAUAAUGUCCGAGGUUCUUCCCGCACACAUCAAAGGCUUGGGUGGAAGCGUUGCAACGUUGGUGAACUGGACUUUCUCGUGGCUUGUGACUAUGUCCUUUAAUUUCUUACUCAACUGGAGCUCCACAGGUUCUUUCGCUCUCUUCGCUGGAAUGUGCGCGUUCACUGUCCUGUUCGUGGCUGUUCUAGUCCCUGAAACUCGGGGAAGAACACUGGAAGAGAUCGAAGCUCUCUUCCAGGAGUAGCAAGGCUCUCGUUCGCGCUUUCAUUUCCACCAUUCCAUACACCAGGGGGAUUCGCUAUAUUCAUUACCACAGAAGUGUUCGGCUCGAUUUUUUUGUCCCCUCGCCAAAAAGCGUAAAUAUUUGUAAGACUUGUGUAAAGAGAGAAAAGGUUUGAUCUCGAGCUUUCUAGCAAAAACGAAUAAAAAUGCGAUUUCCAUGAAUGAU